CCAGUCCUUGUAUAAGAGCAUAGCUUUUGUUUCCUCAGGUCCUUACUAUUUUUUCAGUCAUCCAAACUAGCUCAACAUCCAAUCUACUCAACUUGCUCCGCCUUUCCAACUCCUUUGAUCAAUCGUUCACAUCACCUCACUCCGUUCCAUCUCAACACUAUGUCUCAAACCAAGCCCACACUCGUCUUCGUCCCAGGCUCCUGGCACGACCCUUCAUGCUACUCCAAAGUUAUCGCCCUCCUCGAACCCCAAUCCUUCAAAUCCGUCGUCGUCGACCUCCCUACCACCCAAUCUGACCGGUCCAAGAAUCUCUCAGACGACAUCGUCGCCGCCAAAACUGCCAUUGAAGCAGAGAUCAUUGCCGGCCACGACGUCGUCGUGAUCGUGUGGUCGUACGGGAGCGUCGUCGGGAGCAGUGCCAUACAGGGCUUCACACGGCCAAAAGGCGAGGAGGGAAAGGGGGAGAGGGGCCACGUGAUUGGUAUGGUGUACAUGGCCACCGGUUUCAACCCCACAGGCGUGAGCUUCCUAGGGGCGUUUGGGGGCAAGCCGCCGCCAAUUUGGAACUUGAAUGAGGAGACGGGGUUUGUGGAUCUUGCUGUGGACCCCAAGGACCUCUUCUACCACGACAUCCCAGACGAAGAGGCCAAAGCCUUGAUUGCGCAGCUCCGACCGCAGACAGUCGCCUCACUGACUGAGGUCAGCGAUCUGGCGUACUCGGGAUGGUUGGACGUGCCCGUCUUCUAUCUCGCGACUAUUGAAGACAAGGGGCUGCCGAUCGAGGCGCAGCGGAUGUUUGUGCAGAUGGCGAAAGAUGCGGGCGCGGAGGUGACGAUUGAAGAGGCGCAAAGCAGCCAUUCGGUGAUGUUAAGUCAGCCGAAGCAGACGGCCGAAUUUAUUGUGAAGGCGGUAAAGGCGUUUGAGGGGUAGGGAAAGGGUUUGUAGGCGUAAAAAGGGGAAUUGUGGAAGGUGUAUUGGGGAGAUUGUAUGAUGAGAUUUGUAUCAUAAUAGAAUGUAACUCCGCUCCAGUACAAAGACUGAGAU